AUGGAAACGAUUGUUCUGGCUUCAUCCCAAACUGUUGUCCCCGGCAUUACCCGUCGCUCUGCAAAUUUCCAUCCUAGCAUUUGGGGGGACCAUUUCCUCUCAUAUGCUUCUGACUUUACGGAAAUCGACGCUCAUUCAGAGACAAAACGUCAACAACUAAAAGAAGAAGUGAAGAAGAUUUUAGGCAUAGCUGUUGAUCAGCAAUCACAACAACUCAACUUGAUUGAUGCAAUCCAGCGUCUAGGUGUAUCUUACCAUUUCGAAAGUGAAAUUGAUGCAGCUUUACAACACAUAUAUGAUGCUUGUCAUGAUUGUGAUGACAAAGACGACGAUGACCUUUACACUACAGCCCUUCGUUUUCGAUUACUUAGGCAACAAGGACAUAAUGUCUCGUGUGAUGUGUUCAAGAGAUUCAAAAACAACGAAGGGAAAUUUAAGGAAUCCCUAAUCACCGACGUUCAAGGAUUGUUAAGCUUGUAUGAAGCAACACAUAUGAGGGUCCAUAGAGAAGAUAUAUUGGAUGAAGCUCUAGCUUUUACUACCAUUCAUCUGAAGUCCUGGUUACCCCACUUGAGCAAUUCCCUUGCAGAGCAAGUCAAUCAUGCCCUACAACAACCAAUCCAUAAAGGCUUGACAAGGCUAGAGACGAGGCCUUAUAUGUCAAUUUAUCAAGAAGUCGAAUCACAUAAUCAAGUUCUUUUAUAUUUUGCAAAAUUAGAUUUUAACCGAUUGCAAAAAGUUCAUCAGAGGGAGUUGAAUAGCAUUACAAGGUGGUGGAAAGACUUAGACUUUGCUACAAAACUACCUUUUGCAAGAGACAGAUUGGUGGAGUGUUAUUUUUGGAUACUGGGAGUGUACUUUGAGCCCCAAUAUUUUCUUGCAAGGAAGAUAUUAACCAAAGUAAUUGCCAUGGCUUCCACUGUGGAUGACAUCUAUGAUGUAUAUGGGACCCCUGAAGAACUUUCACUCUUUACUGAUGCAAUCGAAAGGUGGGACAUCAAUGAAUUAGAUCAACUACCAGAGUAUAUGAGACUUUUUUAUCGUGCACUCAUAGAUGUUUACAUCGACAUGGAAGAAGAGAUGGCUAGGGAAGGCAGAUCAUACUGCAUCCACUAUGCUAAAGAAGCAAUGAAGAAAUUAAUCAGAGCAUACUUCGAAGAGGCCAAAUGGUUUAAUGAAGGCUAUGCUCCAACAAUGGAAGAGUAUAUGAAAGUCGCACUAGUUUCAAGCGGUUACAUGAUGCUUUCCACCACUUGCAUUGUUGGCAUGGGAGAACUAGCAACCAAUGAGGCCUUUGAUUGGGUGUCAAGUGAACCUCUAAUUGUAAGAGCUUCAUCAACAAUUGCCAGACUCAUGGACGAUGUGGCGGGGCACGAGGUAAGAAAGAGAAGUUGGAAUGUCUGUUUCAAACACCCUUUUAACUUUAUUGAGCAAGAGAGAGGAGACGCAGCGUCAGCUGUGGAAUGUUACAUGAAACAACAUGGUGCCUCAAAACAAGUGGCGUAUGAUGAGUUUGACAAUCUAGUUACAAAUGCAUGGAAAGAUAUAAAUCAAGAAUGCCUCCAUCCAACGGUUGUCCCGAUGCCCCUUCUUUUGCGGAUUCUCAAUAUGGCACGCGUGAUCGAUGUUGUUUACAAAGGCGAAGAUGGGUACACUAAUUCCAAAACCAAAUUAAAAAACUAUAUAAUUUCAGUGCUCAUCAAUUCGGUGGCAAUAUGAUAUUGUAUUAAGAAUUUUCUCUUGUCAUCUGUAUCAUACUUCUUCUAUAUAUUCAUUCUCUAUCCUUGUAAGCUAAUAAAAUGUAAUAUGUUUGCCUUUACAUUCAAAAGUAAUGUAAUUCCUCCUACUUUUCUUUUCUAGUAUAGAAUAGGUGAAAAUAUAUUUCUACUGUGUGUGCCGAUUUUUGCACAACAGUAGAAGUAGGAACAGAUUUCUCUCACGAUGAACUGUAG